GUAGAAUUAUUAUAAGCGGAAAUAGGUAUGUUUCAUAAAUAAUAUAUUAACAAUUCAACGUAUAAACUCGAAUUAUUUCCAUGUCAGUUUAUUGUGAUAGUUACUAGAAUGUCGUCAAAGUGAAUAUCUACAAAUGUCAUUGAAAAAGGGUUGGAUUGAUUUUGCUACCAACGGAAGCAUACAUGGCUUUAAGUAUAUGGUAGAUUCUAGUAUAAGUGUUGUAGAGAGAGUGUUUUGGAUCAUAAUAGUCCUUUGUAGUCUAGCAGCCUCUAUUUACAUCACCAUAUUGUUCUGGGCCCGGUAUGCGGCCAAUCCCACAAGAACUAUAAUACAGGCAAACUUUGCGCAAAUCUCGACAGUUCCAUUUCCAGCUGUAACAAUUUGCAAUGUAAACAAAAUGUUGAACAGAAAGUUGGAUAGUCUAAUGGAUACUCUGUCCGCUUCAAAAGAAGAACUUAAUAUCACUGGAAAUAUUAUAUCCGCUCUAAUGAGAACGACUUCUUUUUACGAAACUUCGGCAGCAGAUGACACUAAAAUUAAUAACAGUACUGCGCUUUCUAUAGCUACUACUGUAUUGAAAAGGCACGGAUUUUUAGAUAUUUCACAAGUAAUACCCCAUAUAUCGCAAGGGUGCGACGAAAUGAUACACAAAUGUGAAUGGAACCGAGUGGAAGUGCCUUGCCAGGACCUUUUUAGCGGAUUGUUAACAGAAGAUGGAAGGUGUUGUGCUUUUAACUAUGCUUCCAGUAACGAUAUGACAAUUAAAUAUACCCUUUACUAUGGAAUGUCUACUGGUUUAAGAAUUACACUGCAUCCAGAAUAUAAUCACCGAGCAAUCGCCGGAAUUAUAGUUACAAUUCAUAAUCCAAAAAACUUUCCCGAUGGCGAACAGAACUUACGAAAAAUUCUCCCUUUGGGUCACGCACAUUACGUGCAAGUGGGAAGUAUUAAACAGACAUGCAGUGAAGAAGUUAAGAAACUUGACAUAACUUUUCGAAAAUGCGUUUAUUCAGAGGAACGUCGCCUUGGCUUGUUGGGACCCUACACGUAUUCCAAUUGCCUGACCUUAUGCAAAGCCCAUUUAUCAGAUGAAAAAUGUAACUGCAUCCCUUAUUAUUUUCAACUGUUCCUUAAUAAACAAAUUUGUACCUUUAUGGAUCAACAGUGUUUACAAAAUAAUGUCACUACUGAAUCAUUCAGAGAUUGCAAUAAUUGCCCAGCCCAAUGUGAAGAGGAUGUGUACGAUAUUACUUUAACAAGCGCAAAAUUUACUAACAACUUGGACGUUUGGAUGGAGGACUAUUUCUCCAACUUUAACGAGACGCAAAAAGCCAUUCUACUAAAUAUAUUCUUUGCUUUUAAUGGGCAAACGGUGUGGGUAACAGAUACGAUAACGUCUGGAAUAUAUCUAAUAUCGUCUUUUGGAGGAAUUUAUUCGCUUUUUCUGGGCUGCAGCAUCAUAUCCAUUAUUGAAGCACUCUACUACUUGAUAAAAGGACACUUAUUUUGGCAAAAGUCAAUUAACCAAAAUACUAUUUUCCCUAAGCAACUUUCAACCAAUUUUAUCGUCCUUCAAUCUGAUAAAGCGCAAAAAUCGCAGAACUCGUUUCCUAUCAUUCCCUAUAUCAACUGACAAGUUAUAUGAUCUCGAUAGAUUUUAGCAGAAAUUAAAUCGUAACAAUUCAUUUAAGAUAAAAACUCAAACACACACUAUCGAUUGUUUUUAAGAAAUACACACAGAGAAAGAU